AUGGUUAAGGAAACAAAGCUUUACGACACGCUCGGCGUCAAGCCUGAGGCGACCCAAGACGAGAUCAAGAAGGGUUACAGAAAGGCUGCCCUCAAGUGGCACCCCGACAAGAACAAGGACGACCCCAACUCUUCCGAAAAGUUUAAAGAAUGUUCACAAGCUUACGAGAUCCUCUCGGAUCCCGAGAAGCGCAAAAUAUACGACGACUACGGUCUCGAAUUUCUGCUCGGAGGCGGUGGUGCACCUCCUCCUCAAGGCGCCGGGGGUCAGGGGAACCCGUUUGACGGUGGAGGUGGCAUGCCCCCGGGCUUCGACUUUGGCGGUAUGGGUGGCGGCGGCGGAGGAGGCCGCACCUUUCACUUCCAAACGAAUGGAGGGCCGUCCGGCGGAUUUAGCUUCGACAGCGCGGACAGGAUCUUCCAGGAAUUUAUGCGCGACGGUGGAAUGGGCAUGGGCGGCGGCAUGCCCGGUAUGAGCGAGGAAUUUGACGGCUUCCAAUCAUUUGGCAGCUCUGGUCGCUCGGGGCGCCACAGGCCGAGGGGCAGCACCAGCAGUCGCCCUCGAGAGCCCGAAAUUUCAACCGUCGAGCGGCCCCUGCCGGUGACGCUGGAAGAGCUUUACAACGGCGUCGAGAAAAAGAUGAAGAUCAAGCGCAAGACGUUUGAUGAGACUGGCAAGCGAAUCCAGUCUGACAAGAUCCUGAAUGUUCCCAUCAAGGCUGGACUCAAGAAAGGCUCCAAAAUUAAGUUUAGCGGCGUCGGUGACCAAGUCGAAGGUGGACGCCAAGACUUGCAUUUUGUUGUCGAAGAGAAGCCCCAUCUCAUCUACAAGCGCGAAGAGAACGACAUAAUCCAAACCGUCACUCUCGAUCUCAAAGAGGCUCUGACAGGUUGGAAGAGGACCGUGUCCACCAUCGACGGGAAACAGAUCAAUCUCGACAAGAGCGGGCCCACGCAGCCCGGAAGCGAGGACCGCUAUCCUGGCUUAGGGAUGCCUUUAAGUAAAAAGCCCGGCGAGAGAGGUGAUUUCAUCAUCAAGUACAAAGUCAACUUUCCGUCGAGUUUGUCGGCGGCGCAGAAGACCAAGCUCAGGGAAAUUCUCUAA